CGCACAUAUACUUAGCCAAGAGAUUGAAGAAACAACAACAAACGGAAAUGUCUUCAGAAGUAUGUGAAAGAAACGAAAGUGCUUCGAUAGAGAAUUUCUCUCCAGCAUCAUCUUCCCAGGCAUGUGCAUCCCAGACAGCAUCAUGUUCCCAGUGCCCAUUUCCUGCAAACAGCAAAAGAUCACAGUGUUGCUGCAGGAGGCGCAGACUUCUGUUCACCAGUCUUAUAUUGCCACUGAUCCAAGCCUGAGUGAGGAUGACAUUAUUGACAUUACAGUCUCCUAUGAUGGCACUUGGCAAAAAAGGGUGUUUUCCUCCCUAUAUGGCAUAGGGGCAGUAAUAGAUGUGCUGACAGGGCUAGUCAUAGACUUUGAAGUAAUGUCUAAAUACUGUGACAUUUGUGUUCAACAACAGAACACACUGAAUUCCGUAGACUAUGCAAGCUGGCACAAAGCACAUAAAGAAAGUGAGAAAUGUGAAAUGAAGUUCUGCAGAUCAUCAAGUGCCAUGGAAAUGGUCACAGCAGAGAUACUGUGGAAACAGUCAGUAGACUCAUGAAAGCUACACUACACAACUAUGGUAUCAGAUGGUGACACCAAAACACACAAGCAUCUCCAGGAUUUGGCUGUCUGUGUAAGUAAAGACAUAGAGAAAGUUGAGUGUAUGAACCAUGAGGCCAAGAGGUUGGGAACAGGAAUAAGAAAUCUAGUAAAAGAGAAGAGCAAAAUGGGUAUUACGC